AUGGCUUCACAGAUCGAUUAUUCGGGCCUUCAGGUUGUGCCGGGCACCUCGCCCCAGGUGGUCCUAGACCCUACCUUGCCGCAGGUAGUCGCAGGCCCGGUCCCAGGCCCGGAGAGGUUUCUGACGGCCGAGAAGAGCGCCGCUCAUGCGUACGAGGUCUACGAGAGUACACAAACACGACGAAUAUGCGGCUUCUCGCCUAGGUUGUUCUAUGCCAUCGUCGCGGGGGCUAUAAUAGUGACACUUGCUGCUAUUGGAGGAGGCAUUGGAGCCGCUCUAUCACAGCGGAAUACCAGCGGAUCCGGGUCCGGCCCUACGAAUAGUGCAACGGCGUCCACUACCAGCAUCAACCCUGAUAAACCCGACGCCGCAACGACACAAGCCGUCGCGUCCAAUACGCGUACAGCGUCCACGACAUCCACAUUAUCCGUCGCGCAAACUGCGACCCAGAUCGUGGGCCCUACGAAGACGCUCUUGCGCGACUGCCCCUCCUCAAACAACACGAUAUACACGUCUCCGGGUACGGACCAACAGUUCCGCAAGCUGUGCAAUAAUCGAUUCUUGGGAACGGGUCAAAAUAUAAUCAACCGCCCUGUUACGAGCUUAAACGACUGCAUCGACGCUUGCACAAUGUACAAUUUGGAUGCCGAAGCCGACAUCAGGAACAAGAAAAGAGUUGUCUGCAGCGGUGUGUGCUGGCGCAAUACUUUCAACACCGACUUCCCAGGGCAGUGUUUUACGUACCCCCUAGCGCCGAACACGACGGAUGGAGAUUUCACAAUAAGCACUGCGGCGAAAGAUAUUGAAUGCGACUCUGCAGCGUGGAUCAACGUUUGGUCUGUCUGA